AUGGCGACAUCAGGGCUUACCACAGAGUCGGCGGGCGUCCCGUCGAAGAAAGUAUGGACGACCCUCAUUACGAACACAGCCUACCUCACUGGCCUCCUCACCCUCGAUUACAGCCUCAAGAAGCAUGGCUCGAAAUACCCGCUCGUCGCGCUCUACACCGAUACAUUCCCGCCAGAAGGCCACAGGGCCCUUGAUGAGCGCGGUAUACCGAAACAACACGUCAAAUACCUCCUUCCGACCGUGCAAAAGGACUAUACAAACGAUCCCCGUUUCUACGAUUGCUGGAGCAAACUCACACCAUUCUCGUUGGAGGAGUACGACAGGGUAGUGCAGUUGGAUAGCGACAUGCUCGUCCUGAAGAACAUGGACGAGCUCAUGGAGUUAGAACUCGAUCCACCCAGUAUGGCUGGAAAGGGAAAAAGAGUUUUUGCAGCGAGCCAUGCAUGUGUGUGCAAUCCGCUCAAGAAACCGCAUUAUCCCAAAGACUGGGUACCAGAGAACUGCGCCUUCACGUCGCAGCACGAUAAGCCGGAUGUAGCGCAGAAGGAAGGCGCGCCGUCAGAUUUCGGCCUCGGCAUGCCAAACGGUGGCCUCCAAGUUGUAAACCCCUCUGCCGCGGUGUACAACCUCAUCCUCGAGCAGCUCUCGAACGAGACGUCCAUGUCGUACGAUUUCGCCGACCAAUCGCUCUUAGGCGAUGUGUUCAACGGGCGCUGGGUUGCGCUCCCGUACACCUACAAUGCGCUGAAGACUCUACGGUUGGAGGGCGUGCACCACCAAAUCUGGAGGGACGAUGAAGUGAAGAAUAUACACUAUAUAUUAAGCCCCAAGCCGUGGGAUGAGGAACAGGGUAAAUGCAGUAAUGAGAACCAUGAGUGGUGGUGGACCGUGAAUAAAGAGAGACUAGAGGAGGAGAAACGGAGGCAUAUUGUGGAUGGGUUUUGA